AGCGGGCUAAAUAAAAAGCCCAUAUUGGCCAUCCUCGAUUCCUUCCUUCUCACUGCUCGCCGUCUGUCUACUCCGGCUUCCAAGAAUGGGUUCGAUCGAAACGCCUCCACUGACGGAGAACGGAACAUCGGCGCCGACCUCUGCUGGCGGCAACUCUAACGUCGAACAAGAGAGUCAUUCUGCCAUCGACGAAAUGCCUUCCUUGCCCGGAAACACGGUGUCUAUGGAAACAGACGGUUUGAAGGAAAGGAGAGGUAGUUCGCUCCCGCUGGAGGUUGGAACUCGGGUCAUGUGCCGCUGGAGAGAUGGCAAGUAUCAUCCCGUGAAGGUUAUUGAAAGGAGGAAGGUUUCGUACUCCGGAGUUAGCGAUUACGAGUAUUAUGUUCAUUACACCGAGUUUAACAGGAGGCUUGAUGAAUGGGUGAAACUUGAUCAGCUUGAUCUGGACUCCGUUGAGGCUGUAGUUGACGAGAAGGUGGAGGAUAAGGUAACAAGCUUAAAAAUGACACGCCAUCAGAAAAGGAAGAUCGAUGAGACCCAUGUUGAGGGACACGAGGAACUUGAUGCUGCCAGCUUGAGGGAGCAUGAAGAAUUCACAAAAGUGAAAAAUAUAGCAACUAUGGAACUUGGGAAGUAUGAGAUUGAAACAUGGUACUUCUCACCAUUUCCACCAGAAUACAAUGAUUGUUUGAAGCUCUACUUUUGUGAGUUCUGCCUGAAUUUCAUGAAGCGUAAGGAGCAGCUUCAAAGGCACAUGAGGAAGUGUGAUCUCAAACAUCCCCCUGGUGAUGAGAUUUACAGAAGUGGUACAUUGUCAAUGUUUGAAGUCGACGGUAAAAGGAACAAAGUCUAUGGUCAAAACCUCUGCUAUUUGGCGAAGUUAUUUCUUGAUCACAAGACCCUCUACUAUGAUGUUGACCUCUUCUUGUUUUACGUGCUGUGUGAAUGUGAUGAUCGUGGAUGUCACAUGGUUGGAUAUUUUUCCAAGGAAAAACAUUCCGAGGAAUCCUACAAUUUAGCUUGUAUCCUCACUCUUCCCCCUUACCAAAGGAAAGGCUACGGGAAAUUUCUAAUUGCUUUCUCAUAUGAACUUUCGAAGAAGGAAGGCAAGGUUGGAACACCUGAGAGACCUCUUUCUGACCUAGGCCUCGUUAGCUAUAGAGGAUACUGGACCCGUGUUUUGCUCGAUAUCUUGAAGAAGCACAAAGGCAACAUUUCUAUCAAGGAACUAAGUGACAUGACGGCAAUUAAAGUCGAAGAUAUUCUGACGACGCUGCAGAGCCUGGAAUUGAUCCAAUACAGGAAGGGACAACAUGUGAUAUGUGCAGAUCCCAAGGUUUUGGAUCGGCACCUGAAAGCGGCUGGCCGUGGAGGUCUUGAUGUUGAUGCCAGCAAGCUCAUCUGGACGCCAUAUAAAGAACAGAGUUAGGAGGUGACGAGGAAGAAGGCAUCAAUCUGUAGCCUGUCGUUGUACCAUAUUGUAUGUAGAUAUAUAUAUAUAUUCUACUAGGAAAGCACAAAAUCUUUAGAGAGCAGCUGCUUGUGAUAUGUAUUUCACCAGAAUAGGCGAAUUGGUAUAAGCUAAAACGCCUUGCUGUACGCUAGUGAUGUUACGAUUCUUAUGGAAGCCAUAUGGGUUCAGUGACCGAUUAUCCGUGAUCUCAAAGUUCAGUGACCUUUUUGGCGUUUAUCCGUAAUCACAUCGCCUCCCUACCUCCCUCCUUCCCGUUGUUCCUUCCGGCAGACAUAUAGCCGCCUCCUUCCCUCCC